GACAGUGUGUGGGUCCCGGGAAAGAGCACAUCAGGCCCAUUUUCAUUCACAUUUCACAGAAUGUUUCUUUAUUACAAAUGGACUUAUGUAUUUGGAGUCUUCCUCCUCAAAGUUACACAAAUGCUGUAGUUUUUUCCCAUUGAUAUUUAACACUUUUAGCCAAAUGGAGAGCUGUAGCUGCAGUUUAAUUCCUCUUUAGUGUUCCAGGCGCAUUACAUUAAACAUGCAUUUUAGCCAGGGGGAAAAGGAGCUGUGGAAGCGGUGGGUGUUAGAUCCCUGACAGGCAGGGCGCUGCUGUUGAAGAUGACAGCUUUUCCUGCACUGCCCAGAGCAUCACCGAGGAGCUCUCUCCUCCCUCGCAGAGAAGUCAGCUGCCUUCCCACCCCAUCCCCGCUGUUAGUCAGCAGAUGCACUCCGCUCUUCCGGAUCCAGAGUGGAAGAUGUUCUUAAAGCGCUUCCUCGCUCUGCUUUGUCAAAGUAACAUCCAGUCAGGCUUUGCAUGGCAUGAGGCAGAAACAGGAUUUUCUAGCAUGGUAUCUCCUCAUUUUUAAAAAAUUCUCAUUGUGAGGAAAUCACUUUUCCCUGGAGGCUGAUAAGUACUCUGCAAAACCCCUACCCAUGAUGAUUCCACCAUCUGCAGCAAGCCCUGUCAGCGAUGCUGCACUCUUGUCAGGUGUGGCUUCUCAGGAAGUCUGGAGGCCACCAGUUCCAGGCUAUUCUGGGCUGCCCACACGGCACAUAAGUCACCGGGCCAACAACUUCAAGAGACACCCGAAAAGGAGAAAACACAUCCGGCCUUCGCCGCCGCCACCGCCAAAUACUCCUUGUCCCACUGAUCUGGUUGACUUUGGGGAUCUCCAGCCUCAGAGGUCUUUCUUGGAACUCCUUUUCAAUGGGUGCAUUCUCUUUGGGCUUGAAUUCAGCUAUGCCAUGGAAACAGCCUAUGUUACCCCUGUGCUGCUCCAGAUGGGGCUUCCAGACCAACUGUAUGGAAUGGUGUGGUUCAUCAGCCCUAUAUUAGGGUUUUUGCUACAGCCUUUGCUGGGAGCCUGGAGCGAUAGAUGCACAUCAAGAUUUGGGAGGAGAAGACCUUUCAUUCUGGUUUUAGCAGUAGGAGCAUUGCUUGGGCUCUCACUUAUGCUGAAUGGCAAAGAUAUAGGGAGUGCCUUGUCUGACACUGAGAAUAACCACAAAUGGGGGAUCAUCCUUACAGUCUGUGGUGUUGUCCUCAUGGACUUCAGUGCAGAUUCAGCAGACAAUCCCAGUCAUGCCUACAUGAUGGAUGUGUGCAGCCCAGUGGAUCAAGACAGGGGCCUCAACAUCCACGCUUUGUUAGCAGGUCUUGGAGGUGGCUUUGGUUAUGUUGUUGGAGGAAUACACUGGGAUAAAACCAGUUUUGGAAAAGCUGUAGGAGGGCAACUUCGUGUCAUCUAUGUCUUCACCUCAGUUGUACUGACUAUUGCUACUGUGCUGACUCUAGUUAGCAUUCCAGAGAGACCCUUAAAGUCCUCUAACAGGAAGAAAAAGGUGAUGAAAAGUCCAAGUCUUCCUCUCCCUCCUUCUCCACCUUUCUUCUUUGAGGACAGUGUAAAUGAAAACUCUGCUUCUCAUAACUCAGCUCACUUACAUGCAAGUUUUACGAGUCCUGUUUCCCCCAUGAGCCCACUCACGCCAAAAUACGGGAGUUUUAUCAGCAGAGACAAUUCUUUGACGGGACUUAAUGAGUUUGCAUCAUCCUUUGGGACUUCAAAUAUUGACAGUGUGCUUAUAGACUGUUUUACAGGCGGGCAUAAUAGUUACAUGACACUUCCAGCUAGUUUGUCCAGGCAGCCUGUCAGUGUCAGCUUUCCUCGGGUGCCUGAUGGCUGUUACCAUGGAGCAAAUGGAAUUCUGGAGCAAGGGGAAAGCAGCUUAACGUCAGGGUCUGAUAGUGAUGUGCUGAGAGUGGGCUCACUGGAUGCAAUAAAGCCACGGUCAUCAGGGAUCUUGAAAAGACCUCAGACCUUGGCCAUUCCAGAUGCUGUAACAGGACACUGCCCAGAGAAUAACAGAAGAAGAAAUGUAACCUUCAGCCAACAGGUUGCUAAUAUCCUGCUGAACGGGGUGAAGUACGAGAGCGAGCUGAACGAAUCGGGCGAGACCUCGGAGCAGCCCCUGUCUGUGAAGCUGCUUUGCUCAACCAUCUGCCACAUGCCCAAGGCUCUCCGUAACCUCUGCAUCAACCACUUCCUAGGGUGGCUUUCAUUUGAGGGGAUGUUACUCUUUUAUACUGACUUCAUGGGAGAAGUAGUGUUCCAAGGGAACCCAAAAGCACCUCACAACUCAGAUGAGUAUCAGAAGUACAACACUGGGGUCACCAUGGGCUGCUGGGGAAUGUGCAUCUAUGCAUUCAGUGCUGCUUUUUAUUCAGCCGUGCUGGAGAAGCUGGAGGAGCGGUUUAGCACACGGACCCUGUACUUUGUGGCGUAUUUGGCCUUUGGGCUGGGCACGGGCCUGGCCACGCUCUCCAGGAACGUCUACGUGCUGCUGUCCCUGUGCGCUACCUACGGCAUUCUGUUCGCCACGCUCUGCACGCUGCCCUACUCCCUGCUCUGCGACUACUACCAGAGCCGAGAGUUCGUAGGCUCGCAGGCGGAGGGCACGCGGCGUGGGAUGGGCGUUGACAUCUCCCUGCUGAGCUGCCAGUACUUCCUGGCACAAAUCCUCGUGGCCCUGGCCAUGGGGCCGCUGACGGCGGCCGUGGGCAGCGCCAGCAGUGCCAUGUACUUCUCCAGCCUGGUGUCCUUCCUGGGCUGCCUCUUCUCCUCCCUCUGCGUCACCUACGAGCUGCUGCCCACCGAGGAGCUGCCACCCGUCGAGGAGCAGCGGCCGCUCCUGCCCCGCGCGCGGAACGAAUAAACGCGAGAAGCUGCCACA